UAAACUCUAUUCGCUUCAUAAUAAUAUACUUAUAGAUAAAAUUAUAUUUACAGAAUGUAACAGAUGCCAUAAUUAAGGCGGAUAGCAAUAUCACUUCAAAUGGAAAUGAGACUGUGGAAGAUAAAUCUGAAGAAAUUGUUAGAGAAUCAGCCGAAUUAGCCCAAAAGCAUGACCAACUAAAACCAAUAAUUCUUAAUGCAACCUUGUGUAACAACGAUGAGAACAAGACGACUAGUGAAUGCAUAAAUAAUACAAUCCAAGCAGCACAUAACACUUCUGAAUCUACAAAUGAGUUAAAUGAUACUAAAGAUAAAGAUGCGGUAAUGCAAUACGUAAGUGGUAAAAAUGACGACGUACCCUUAAAAACUAGUGGACAUAUCAGGAACAGUCUUAGAAGAAAGAAGCGCUCUUUGAAUCUUGUAUUAGAUAAUAUAAGAAGUAACAGUGCCCCAGAAAUACUUCACUACGAAACCAGACAUGGCCCCAGAGAGAGAGAACCGUUAUUACCCAUACAUAAACUGACGCAAAAUAAAAUACAAAGUGCCAAUUUAGCGGAUUUUAAUAUUGAAACGUUACACGAGCCUGCUGGAAAUCUUGAAGCAAAUAAGAAAGAAAGCUGGAGAGAUAAUAUCCAACUAUCUCAAAAACAUCAACCGCCAAAAGAUGAGAGUGAUGAUAGCAGAGAAAAGGGUGACAAUUUAGAAGAAAGGAAACCUUACAAUGGUGAAAGAGAUGACAAUUUAGGAGAAGGGAAAUCUUACAACGAUGAAAGAGAUGACAAUUCAGGAGAAAGGAAACCUUACAUUAGUGAAAGAGAUGACAAUUCAGGAGAAAGGAAACCUUACAUUAGUGAAAGAGAUGAUAAUUCAGGAGAAAAGCAAUCUUACGUCAAUGAUGCAAGUGACGAGUCUAUUGAAACAAACAAUGAUGCAGGAAGAGAAAGAACACAUGAUUCACAUACACGUUCGCCUGAAAAUAGCAAUGAAAGCUUAGAGAGUGAAGAUUUGAAAUUGCCUUCAAAAGAUGUCGACAGGAAAGAAAAUCAAGAAAGUAAUGAAAGUAACGAAGACAGCAACCGCAACUCAAAGCAUGUUGCGGCGCAUGCUAGAAAUAUAGACAGUGAGGAAGUAAAUGACAAUUCGGAUGAACGUGAUUCUCCUCAAGAAAAGAACUCUAAAAUUAGUAGAAACUACGACGAAUCGAAUGAAGAAAAUGAAAAACCUAAACAUGAACCUAAGCAACUGAAUUUUGAUGCAUCAGACAAGACUGCUCCAAAGGGCAUUCAAGACGUUGAUUUAGGUGAUUUUAGUUACGAGAGAAUACAGGUCGGUAAAGACGGCAAAGUUGAAUUAGCAAAAGAUAUAUAUGGUAAAGACGAUGACUCAGGAGAAGAAAAACCGUUGAAUGAUAAAAUAAUAAUAAAAGAAACAGAACCUCCUCAAUCUGAAUAUAUAGAGAAAGUAAAUAAUGACGAGAUCAAACCCGUUAUAGAACUAAAUACUGAAAGUAAUAGUAACGAAUAUAGUGAUGAAAACGUAGAUACUGAUAUAAAACAACCACAAAAAGCACAAUUAAACUCAGAUGAUGCGGGCGUUGAGGAUCUAUCUGAUGCAAAGGAAAAUGAUAGUGGAGAAAAAAGUGACAAACAAAUCGCACAAAACAAUGAACAACAAAAUGGCAACGUAAAGCAACAAUUCGAGCGCAUACCUUUGAAUUACAAACAUGACAAGAAGACUGAAAAUACUGAAAAUAAUAAGAAAGAAAAUGAGACACCCACAGAUGAUUCUCAAAAUGAAAAAGACGGAACACUAGAUACUUUAAUACCCAAAGAAGAGCGUUAUGAUGAAAAACUAAAUUUCAAAUUUGACGAUGUGAGUAUAAAAUUACCGGAUAUAAAACUUCCUGAGGACAUUUUGUCAUACAAUUAUGAGAGCUCGCCUUAUAAGAAAAGGAAUAAGAAAAAACGCAAAAACAAAAACAGAUUUUAUCACUACAGUGAUGAACAUAGUGAUGAAUUUCCCAAAGAAAUUUCUAUUCCUCAAUAUGAUGAUGAUGAUGAUAGAGGGUAUUACAAAUAUGAUGAUCCUUAUGAGAAAAAGCAAGACUACAAAAAGAAACCUGCGCAAGAUGACGAUGAAGACGACGAAGGCGUGGAUUUGUACGAAAAAUUUGUGCGUGAAAGAUUUGGGAAACGUGGUUCAUUUGAAAAAAGAUCAGAAGCACUUAGAAACGAAGUGUUCAGGCCAUCAGACCCAAAGUUAAGUGAGACAAUUCAACACAUUCUCAAAAAGUCGGCAGCUAAUCUAAAACAAGCCGAAAAGAGUGGAGACCCAAAGGCUGGUUACAUGUGGACCUUAGAGUACGGUCAAAAUUUAUAAAAGUAAAUAUAGGUCAACAAAUUACAUAAGUAUUUAUAAAUUAAGUUUUAAUUGUAGUCAUUAG